UAUAUUCAAAAGUUGUUUCUAAUUUAGAUAUUAUAGUAAUAUGUAGUAUGGCUUUACAUAUCAAGAACUUUUCUACAAAUGGUGUAACAUAGUCGAUUGUAUUGCGCAAUCUUUUCCACAACUGUUUCACAAUGUCUAUGCAAAAAUUGAGCGCAACUAAAAGAAAACAAAAACUUGCCGAAAUAUAUCAAGCAUUGAAUAGUGAUCCUGUUGACAUACCAGCUCUCCGAAAACAUGCUAUUUCACCAGGUGGAUUAAUUCAAGAUGAGGUUCGGAGAAAAGCUUGGCCUAAACUUCUGAAUGUCAAUGUAUUUGAUGCCGUUAUGAGGCCAGGGGAUCUACAUUUGCAUAAAGAUUACCAGCAAGUUUUGUUGGAUGUCAAUCGGUCAGCUAGAAGAUUUCCAAAAUCAAUGCCUGCCGAUCAGAGAGAAAUUUUACAAAACCAAAUGUUGGAUGUUAUUGUGUGGGUUUUGACAGAACAUUCUGAAUUACAUUACUAUCAGGGAUACCAUGACAUCUGCAUCACAUUUCUAUUAGUUUGCGGACAAAAGUUAACUUAUAGGUUGAUCAAUAAAUUGUCAACUCAUCAUUUAAGAGAUUUCAUGGAUCCUACCAUGGACAAAACUCGACAUAUUUUAAAUUAUUUGAUCCCAAUCGUACGAAAGUCUAAUGGUGAAUUGGCAGACUAUUUGGUUAGAAGCGGAGUUGGAACAAUUUUUGCACUAAGUUGGUUAAUAACAUGGUAUGGGCAUGUACUUAGCAACUCGAAACACACAUUACGAUUGUAUGAUUUCUUUCUUGCCUCCCAUCCACUGAUGCCUAUUUAUUUAGCCGCGCAAAUUGUAUUGCAUCGAAAGGAAGAGGUUUUGAAACAAGAAUGUGAUAUGGCUCUCAUGCAUCAUCUUCUAUCAAACUUACCUCAGAAUUUACCGUUUGAAGAUAUAAUUGUGGCUGCCGUGGAUUUAUUUGCUCAAUUUCCACCCGAAUCUAUCGCUAAGGAUGCUGCACUGUAUUAUCAUAAAAGCUUGGCAAUUACAAAAUUUCGUGACUUUGAAUUGGCUGGUUAUCAACAGAGACCAGACUUCAUUUUAAAAGAGAGAAAACUGAGACAACAAAAUGAGUUCAGAAAGCUUUUAGCAACUAAAAGCUCUAAAAUUACUGAAGGAAAUAGAGGCAAUCGUGCCAGAAGGUGGACAAUAUGGGCCAUCAGUGGAGCUUUGGGAGCAGCUGCAAUUGCAAUGACGAACGUUUCUUUAGAAUGGGCAACUGAAGUUAUCGGGUUUUUACCAUAAGAAUAUUAUUUUGGAAAUGACCCAGCACACACGAUUGGCUAUCAUUGAUGCCAUAAUUUAUGGACCCUAAGGCGCUUUUCAAAUCCCUUUUCCUUUAAAAAUCGAUGCACCUGGUGUAUGAAUCAGGUAUUGUUUCAUUGCCUAUGUUCAAAACCUGUACCGGUAUUGCUUUGAAAACCAUUGCAUUUUAUAGCCUGACGCUCAAAAUUGCUACUCUUUAAUAUUUAAUACCAAACUUAUUGACAUACUGGCCAUAUUGGGAAGAGCAGGGCUCUUGAUUUUGAGAUGUGGUAUCUAUGCAUGUUUGAAUGAUAUCAAUUGCGGAUUUCUACCAUGGCAUUACUCAAAAUAUACUUAUUCGAUUUUUGUUCUUUCAAUUUUAGUUUUUAGUGAUGUUCAUUGAAAUAAUAAUCAUGACUUUCUUCAGUGUUUGUAUAGCUUAUAUUUAUUGGCGCUGCUUAGAAAUCAAUUAUAUUAAAUUUUAUUUAUUUGUCCAGUUCAGUGCUGUUAGAAAAACUUUAAAUCUUAUCUGCACCUGCCCUUCUCUACCCUAGAAAACAGUUUUGAUCGAUGUAUCAGCAAUAAAAAUUCUCUAUAUUUGUUCUAGAGCAUUUACAUGUACCGUGUACAUACAUAUAUGUUCCUUUCAGACAAAUGCACACAGUAAUUACUGUAAAUGAAUAAACUGUCAUUUCUGCUAUACAGAAACUGUUUCACUGUGAUUUUGUGCAAUUUAGUUUUGUCUGCUUGCAAAUAUCUUUCACUUUGAAAUUUAUCUUGUCCUCGUGAUGUAACCACCACUCCGUCUAUAUAUCCGGUUGAAAUAUUAGUCAGCUCUAUCCACUUCAUGUUUUAGUAGUAAGCAACUGUACCGCAAAUUAUUGGGUUGCUAAGCUAGAAGCUUGCCUAGCCCAUGUUUGCAAAGGAUAGUUCACUGCUCUAGUUACUUUUUUGUACAUAUGGCCGGAGUUUGGUUACAUCUGUGAUGGUUUAAAGAUCAAAUUUCAAUGCUAUUAUUCAGCUGGUGAUAUAUCGUUUUGAUGUGUGAUUUUCUUUGACGGAUAUUAUAUUGUGUUCUCAAAUUG